UCUUCCGGCAAUUCAAACCUCAGCUCCAACACCUGCAUUCUGAAGCAAGGAUGGCUGAGAUGGACAGAAUGCUUCAUUCUGGAAGGAAACAAUAUUCCAGGUCUAGCUGAAUCUGCCAAACACAGACCCUCUCUGUGGUUUUAGAAGAAGUCUUGACAAAUCUUAUCAUGUGGUUUUUCUACGCCUUGAUUCCUUGUUUACUUGUAGAUGGAGUGGCCAUCCUGCCUGCCCCUCAGAACCUCUCUGUACACUCAACCAACAUGAAGCAUCUGUUGAUGUGGAGCCCAGUGGUUGUGCCUGGAGAAAUAAUACACUAUUUUGUCGAGUACCAGGGAGAGUAUGAGAGCCUGUACAUGAGUCACAUCUGGAUCCCCAGCAGCUGGGGCUCACCCACCGAAGAUCCUGAAUGUGACAUCACUGAUGACAUCACUGCUACUGUGCCAUACAACCUCCGUGUCAGGGCCAGCCUCGGCUCCCAGACCUCAGCCUGGAGCACCCUGCAGCAUCCUUUUAACCGAAACACAACCAUCCUCACACCACCUGUGAUGGAGGUCACCAAGGACGGCUUCCACCUAGUUAUUAAGCUGGAAGACCUGGGGCCCCAGUUUGAGUUCCUCGUGGCUUACUGGAGGAGGGAGCCCGGUGCCAAGGAACAUGUCAAAGUGGUGAGGAGCAGGGGCAUUCCAGUGCACCUGGAAACCAUGGAACCUGGAGUCCCAUACUGCGUGAGGGUCCGGACGUUGGUGAAGGCCAUUGGGAGGCACAGCCCUUUCAGCCAGGCGGAGUGUGUCAAGGUGCAAGGAGAGACCCUCCCCCUGGCACUGGCCCUGUUUGCAUUUGUUGGCUUCAUGCUCAUCCUUGUGGUGGUGCCCCUUUCCAUCUGGAAAAUGGGCCGGCUGCUCCGGUACUCCUGUUGUCCCGUGGUGGUGCUCCCCGACACCUUGAAAAUAACCAAUUCACCCCAGAAGUUAAUCAGCUGCAGAAGGGAAGAGGUGGAACCCUGUGCCAUAGCUGUGCUGUCUUCUGAGGAACCCUUCAGGGCCUGGCUUUAGCAGCCUUGGGGAGGGCCCAGCUGAAACUGAGACUCCGGUUGGCACAGCACAACAGCCAUGAGGGGAAAGACCCUGUAUCUGUUUUCCUCCAUGGACAGAGGACAAGAAAAGCAAGAGGAGCCUGGUGUGUCCAUGUCUAGAGGCAACUGUCUGAAGCAGACUGGUUUGGCAGACAAAGCAAGAAGUGGGGGUCAGGAGAUGUGACCUCUAGAACUGUCUGGCAUUCACUGACUGAAUGACCCUAGAGAAAGUGGCUUGGUUUCUCUGGUCCUCAGUUUUCUCAUCUAGAAAGGGAGAAUUAAACAUACAACUGUCAAACCACUGUAUCUCUCUGGCCCUUGCGGAGAUUUGGGAAACUGGCAGCACUGUACAUUGGGAUUGGUUCAACUCUUCGGCAGAGCAGUAUAUAAAUUGCAGCAAGAAUGAUAAAAACUCUUUACACCAGUUGGCUUGGAGAGCCACUUUCCUAAAGGAAACCUUGAUGGGUAAAGGAAGGAUGAGUACAACAGUGUUGACUUCACUUCAAACCACAUGUCUGUGCAGAGGUCAAUGGCUCAGCCAGCGCUGCAACACAUGACCUAGAAGGAGGUCACAGGCCCAUGGAAAAUGGGCAGUGCUGUGCAUACAAGAGAUAUUGUAAAGGGUAAAUAACACACGCACACUGAGGGUAGCAGGUAGAAUGUAUGUGUAUGAGGAGAGGAGAAUGCAGAAGGAUGUUGAUAAUAAACGUGGUGUUUGCUGUGUUCCUUUUACCUGUAGAGUUGUUAAAGUAUAGAAUUAAAAAUAAAAAGGGGUCACCUUCAGCAAUCCUUUUGGUUUCUUCCAAAAAAGUGGUCUUUGGGAUUCUAGUUACAUCAUCAACCUUGUGUCCAGGAAGGCUCCUGAAGGCCACCAUUGGCCAGGAGUUGAGGGGGUGACCCCAGGUAGGGGAUGCAGCCGGGAAGGAGAACCCUGACUGGUGCAGCUGGCCAAAGCCUCACCUGGUCAGGGUGCUCCAUAGGAAGUCCCUUGGGGGUACUUCUCCUCCCUAAGACAGCUCACCCAGCGUGUCCUCAGUGCCUUCUAGCAUGUUCAUCCGGGACCAACUUUUGGAAGCCUCUUCCUGCCCCUCUCCCAACCAGGUGAGGAAGAGUCAGGGCUAGGGAAGGAAUGGAGAGGUAAGUCUCUUGAGAAGUGAAGGGAUUAAUGGGCAAGGCCUGUGCGUUCCUUCUUAACCCCCAGCUUUGGAGCCUCUGAGUUGGUUUGUCUCCACACCAACUUCCAGGACCCCUUCCAGCCAGCCCAGAGGUGGGGACAAUGUAACUACUUCAACCAGGUGUUUCUCCUACAAAAGAGAGGCCUACAACCCCCCUCUCUACCCCAGUGGGGUCUCAAGGAGCCAGAGGGUGCGCUCUCCAGGAGGAUGAUACUGUCGAAGAUCUUUCCUUUGUACAAUUUGUAUGCUUCCGUGUUGUUGGAUUUCUUCAUGAAAAGUAUGUGUUAAUUUUAUAUUUAGCCUAAACUGGACAUAUUUUCAAUGUGCAAAAAUAAAGGCUAUACUACUGUACCGGU